GCUGGAUCUUGAGCCAUCAGACAGAGAGCAGCAGCCCGGGAGGCCGUUUUAAAAAAGAUUGUACAGUUUAGACUGCCCCAAAAACUUAUUACAUACCACCAACGAGCACAAUGGCUGCCCCCGUAAUUCAUAAUUUGACCCUGCCAUCGCACCCUCAUCUCUAUUUCCCAUUUCCCAUCCCAUGAUAAUUUUCCUCUUGCAAUCCCCAAACCAUCACCACCAUUCCCAUCAUCGUCGUCACUUUUUCGCCAGACCGUGCCCAGCCUUGAAAACCACCGCCUCACCUCGCCCGUAACCCUAGGCAUCGCAGGCGUCCGCUGGCACCGCACCGGCCAGGGCCUAUCUCCGAAAGGGCAGAUUGGCACCGACGCCUCUUAGGACAAGAAGCGCUUUAAACGUCGGAUCUCGGGUGGAUCACUUCACACUUUGCCAGGUUGAUGACCUGACCAACCCAAUCUAAAUACAAAGUGCACAAUCCCACCAAAGGUUUUCCCCCAAAGAAAGAUCUUACUCUCAUACAUUCCUACCAUCUUUCCACACCUUUCUUUAUUGUCUCAUCAACGCAUCACCACCCCAACGCAACUUCAUCAAAUCGUCGCGUAUUUUUUUUCGCUAUGCCGACUCCAAGCAAGGCCUCUGCCUCUGCCAAAGAGAAGGACCGACGAAAAUCCUCAGGCAAAUCUUCGAAUCUUAUCACCCUGCGCGUCCCGGCUAUCAAGCUUAAGAAGCUCCUCGACCCGACAUCCGUUAAGGAAGAGUCGCCUGUGAAGGAGUCUCCUGCUUCGACUACCCUUCCCAGCGAGCCGGCUCCGGCCGCGUCAAAUGGCGACAAUGGGUCCGCGUCUAGUCCCGGUACCCCAGCCGCCGCGGGAACGCCGUCGCAGGUGCCCAUGGGGCCCCCGACGGAGGCUCCCAAGAAGAAAGGCGUGAAGAGAAGUGCUGCUACGGCGAAUGGUUCCGACCCAACAGCUAAGAUUAGGGGCAAGCCUGGCCCCAAGAAGAAGCCCAGAUUGGAGGACGGCACUAUUGAUCCUAGUGGACGAGCCAAUGGAGGCAACUAUCACAAACUCGGACCGAAGGCGAAUCAGGGUGCUAUCAACGCUGGGCUUCGCGCACUUGAUCGCUCAGGCGCUCCCUGCCGGAAGUGGAACAGGGGUGGCUUCAGAGUCAAGAGUUUUACAGGUGUAAUCUGGGAGAUCCCUCGUUGGACUGCCCCGCCUAAACCUAAGCCCCAACCCACCACAGAGGGGACUGCUGCCUCUGCCGAGAGCAGCAAUAAAGAAAACAAAGAAGGCAGCCAGUUGAAGAGCGAGAAUAGCAAUAGCCAUGUUGAUGGUGAACAGCAAAGCAUGCCACCAAGUAUCAACGCGAGCUCGCCGGCUCCUACACCUGUUGCCGCUGCUUCUUAGGCCGAUGCCUUACAUUAGCAUUCUAUUAUAAUGGCACCAUUGGCCGCCAUGUGUAUUUGAUAAAGGGUCUACAGGGUUGACGAAAAAGCAAGGCGUUUAGGACUGCAGCUACGAUGCGAGCUUAGGGGUGACGAGGGGUUACAUUACUCGUAUUAAUAGACUGCGAGGUGCUUGCCUCAGGUCCCAAUGCAGUCUCGGUUUAGAGGGCAGAUUCAGAUUUGCUUUACUUGGCGUUAGAGGGAUACGGGGAGGAUUGUACACUAUGGUUUACAUUAUGGCGUUGCGACUAUAAAAAUACGGAAAGUCGGCACAGAACAACGGGUGAAGCAAGGUCAUACAUUUAUUUGCUGCCUUUGGUCAUGGCUUCUAUGAAUUCUUAUACAAUGUUGUUAUUACUGCUUAGGUGUCUGAGAACAGAGGAUCUGUGUGACUGGCUUGUGAGCCCUUGUUGCUUAAUUGAUGAGUUUUGAGGAUUAUUAGACCAGUUUAUCUGAUGAUGCUGUGAUGUCCUUCAUAUAAUAUCUCUC